UUGCGCGUAUGCAAUAACUCCAUUCGCCCAAACACACAAAAACACUUCUAAACAACGCGAUUUUUGAAAACCUUUGCAAAUGGCAAAGUCUACAAAACUUAGUCCACUCUUUUCGGAACAGCUUGUAGUUUUGGGAACAGAAAACGGUAUUGAGAUCAAAUGUUUCGUCGAUGAGAAUAUUUGCAGAAUGUCGGCCAAAAUCCAUCUCGUUCCAUCCUCUUCCACUGCUCGACAGUAGUGAGUGGGAACGCCAAGCGGAUGCUUCACAUUUAUACAUCCAGUGAAAUAUCUGUCUCAUUGUUCUAUCUGUGAUUAUACCGUAUGUGCGCUUCCAUGGGGCAGAAGUCAGCGUGUUGUUGUGAUUCUGGACGGCCAGAAUCACAACCCCUUGCUGUUUUGCCCCAUUGUUGUGCACACAUCGGUUCUUAGGAAAAAGAGGACCGAGCACGCCCCCAUUCUCAUUGACGGGGCUGUAGAGGAGCAGGUUGAGAGCUUCAAGUUCCUUGGGGUCCACAUCACCAACAAACUAACAUGGUCCAAGCACACCAAGACAGUCGUGAAGAGGGCACGACAAAACCUACUGUGUUCCCCCUCAGGAGACUGAAAAUAUUUGGCGUGGGUCCUCAGAUCCUCAAAAGGUUUUACAGCUGCACCAUCGAGAGCAUCCUGACCGGUUGCAUCACUGCCUGGCAUGGCAACUGCUCGGCCGCCGACCGCAAUGCAUUACAGAGGGUAGUGCGUACGGCCCAGUACAUCACCGGGGCCAAGCUUCCUGCCAUUCAGAACCUCUAUACCAGGCGGUGUCAGGCCCUAAAAAAUGGUCAAAGACUCCAGCCACCCUAGUCAUAGACUGUUCUCUCUGCUACCACAUGGCAAGCGGUACCGCAGCGCCAAGUCUAGGUCCAAGAGGCUUCUAAACAGCUUCUACCCCCAAGCCAUAAGACUCCUGAACAUUUAAUCAAAUGCUACCCAGACUAUUUGCAUUGCCCCCCCCUUCUACACUGCUGCCACUCUCUGUUAUUAUCUAUGCAUAGUCACUUUAAUAACUCUACCUACAUGUACAUAUUACCUCAAUUACCUCGACACCGGUGCCCCCGCACAUUGACUCUGUACAGAGGGUAGUCAGAGGACCCUGAUGCCCCCAUCCCAUUUCACUGCAAGCACCCAGUCUGCCUCUAUCAUAGUACCAGGGACUGUAACGGGACGAGGGACAACACCAAUAAAAUGGGUCACCCAUGCCACAACACCCCCAUCGGACUCUGGCCCUGCCAACUCAUGGCUCACCAUGGCUCAGGCCAAACAGGAAAUUUUAGAACUACACAGAGAAAACCAGAGGAUUCUGAUGUUACAGGGAGACCGCUCCAGAGGAACGAAGUCAACAGAGGAUUCUGCCCACUCCAUAGCGAGGUCUGGAGCGAGAGGUGAGCAGGCCUCCAGGUGGGAGACAGAAUGGAGACUGGACACAGAGUGUUUCAGGGCAGAGUCAGAGAGGCUGAAAGGCCAGGUAGAAGCACUGAAGGAAGUUGCAGGGAGACAGAGAGAGGAGAUGAGGGACAAAGAAACUUAUCUGAACAGGCAGAGUCAUGAAAUGGAGGUGAUGCGGGAGGAGUUAUAUAAGACUAAGACUGAGCUCAGCCAAGUCAGUGUGGAGCUGGUCCAAAAGAGAGAGGACAAAGAGAGACUCAGCACCCAGCUGGAGAUGCUGGAGAGGAAGUCUGGGGAGGAGGCUGAGAGGCUGAGGAGUGAGGUGGAGAGGAGCGGACAGGAAACCCACAGGCUGACCAGGGAGGCUGAUACAGCCAGGCUGCAGGCUGGGGAAGAGGCCAAGCAGGAGUUGCAGAAACUAAAUAAGCAACUGGAGGAAUCCUACAGGAGACAUGAAAUACAGUUGCAGCAGUUGACUGCCACCCAUGACACUGAAUUGUCCACAGUCAGGCAGGCGAGCUCUGAGGUGCAGGAGGGGUUAUGUCACCUGUCCCAGGAGGUGACUCAUCUGAAGUGCUGUCUACUGGAAGUGUCUGCAGAGAGAGAUGGACUGAAAGAACAACUAAGCCAAAUGGGCAAUGCUUUUGAGACCCAGUCAGCAACGUUGCAGAGUCUUAGAAACUACAUUGGACAACUUACCCCUGAGAGAGGGUUGGAAGAGAAACUAACUGAAACCAUUCAGACACUGAAUAGGGAGAAGGAGGCUCUGCAGGUGACAACAGAGCUUCUGACGGUCAGACUCAACUCUGUGAACGACAUAUUGGCCCUACAAGAGGAGGAGAUGGUAGAGAAGACUCUGUCAGACCCUCUCCUGAAAGCUGGGCCCAAAGGCACUCGGGUUCUGCGUUGCUGGAGAGAGAAGGUCUUCAUGUUGUUGGUCCAGCUUCGCUCAAGGGAUAUCGAACUGAGGGGAGAAAAGGAUCAACUUCACUCAACCAUCUCAUCUCUGGAGCAGGAGGUAAAGAAGGAGAAGUACCAGUCCAAUGUCUUCCAGCACAGCCUGCAGGACAGAACAGCUGAGCUGGAGCUGGAGAGGGUGGCUAGGGAGGCCGUGGAGCAGGACGUGGUUACGACUAAGAGGGAGAACACAGAGCUGAAGAGCUGGAGUCAGGAGGCAGAGGCUGGACUGAGGAUCAUGACAGAGGAUGCCCAGCGAUUCAGUCAGGCAUUUGAGGCUAAGAUGUCAGAGGUGGAGACUGUCCAAACACGUCUGAACAGCUUUGGCCAGAGGCUGACCUUUGCCAAAAGAAGAGUGGACACAAUUCAAGGUCUAAUGAUGAGGAAGGAGGCCCUAUGGAGAGUGCAGCAGGCCACUAAAGCAGCCAACCCGGUCUCUGAGCGUGCCGCUGUCACAGAGCUCCAGGCAGAGCUGGCCUCGGCGUGUGAGGAGAGAGACAAGCUCAGGCAGGAGCUCAAGAGAACCCCCGAGCUCAUUGAGAGUGCCCUGGCUGAUGUCCGUGAACAGUUUGACAGUGAAGUGAGACAGCUGAGGCAGGCUGCAGAGCGAAGCAGGGGGGAAGCCCAGGAGGCCCAGGCAGCCAGAGAGGAGGCCCAGCAGAGGCUGCAGGAGGCCCACACACAGCUAGAGGAGAGCAACCUCAACCUAGAGCAGAUCCAUGCACAGCUGAUCAGACAAAAGGAGGACAGUGACAGAGCUCUGCAGGAGAGAGUGUCUGAGACAGAGGAUCACUGUACUCAGCAGCUUAGAGUGAUGGAAUCUCAACUCAACACGGCCAGAAGAGAACACACCAAAGCAGUGGUAGCCCUGCGUCAGUUUGAGAGACAGGCAGAGAGAGAGAGGGAGCAGGAGAGAGAAGCACAAUGCCUUCAGAGUGAACACACCAAGAGAGAAAUCCAGGAUCUACAGAAACUACUGCAAGAAAAGGACAAGGACAGAAACCUACUUUUGGUGACUGUACGUGAGAGGGGGCUGAUGAGUGAGUAUAAGGCAGCUCGGACCACAGCCCAGCAGACUUCUGUGGCCUUGGAGGAGCAGCAGCAGAGACCCUCAAGGAAGAGCAACACUCUGAGAGCCAAAAACCAGCCACAGACCAGAGACUCGCUACUGUCAGUGCUUGGGGACCUUCGGACUCUGAGUGCUGCAGUGGUCCACAGCUCAGAAGACGAUGCAGAGGAGGAGGGACAUGGGGACAGGGUACGGCAUUCCAGAACCAGAGGGGACGACUCACUAAAAUGACGGUCCACAAUAAGUACUAAGAACUUUUUUUGAGAUUUGAACUUUUCAAGGUUUUUUUUAUACACUCUUCAUGACUAAUUGACAUUUCAUUACGUAUGUAACUCAGACUCCAUGUUGAUGGUAUUAUGUUGAUGGUAUCCUUUCUAGGGAGUUUUUCCUAGCCACCGUGCUUCUACACCUGCAUUACUAGCUGUUUGGGGUUUUAGGCUGGGUUUCUGUACAGCACUUCGAGAUAUUAGCUGAUGUACGAAGGGCUAUAUAAAAUUGAAUUGAUUGAUUGAAUUGAUUGAUUAUGUGGGUGGAUGAUUUAGUGAAUUCUUAAUGUCUAUAAAAUGGCCCUGUUGACACAACAGCAAUGUUCCCAGUUUGAAAAUGCAUGGGAUUCUUUAAGAUUUCAUGGAUCUACUUAAUGUUAAUUGACCUUUGGCUGACAGGCUCCGGCCGGAGGAGAAGCUCACUGACUGUGAUGAGUUCAUAUAAGGUAGGUGGGAGUGUGGCCUGUGCUCCCAGUCUAAUCAAUAAGUCAAUGUGCUUUCUCCCAGGGCCUCACAGCGUGACAGGAAAAUCAAAUGAAUGGAUAGCUUCGUUCAAAACAGCGUGCUGCCUUCCGCUGGAGAAGACUAAAAAACAGUCUAGUUAUGACCCCGAGUGCUCUGAACUGUAGCACUGGAGACAUGAGAUUGACCUCUGCUGAUGUUUCUAUAGUCUUGCUAAUGGUUGUGUUUAUGAAGACAUGGAUCACUAUCUUUGACAAAGUUGUGUAUUUGCUUGUGAUGUAAUAAAUUAUGUUGAUAUUUAAAACUUU